GCCAGCAGUUAAUUGUCUUAAUGACCCUUCCCUUCCUUUCCCUCCUCUCCCCAACCCCAACCAAACAACAAAAGAGACAAAGAGAGAUCCAUCCACCCAGGUCCUCCUCCUCGGUUUCCUCUCCCACCACCCACCAGAUCCCGUCGAUCUCAGCGGCCGUUCCCGGGAGGCGACGCAGGGAGGCCCGAGUGGUAGGAGGAGGAAGGUGCGGCAGGAGAAGAGGAGGGGGAGAAGAUGUUCCUGUGGGACUGGUUCUACGGGGUGCUCGCCUCGCUGGGGCUGUGGCAGAAGGAGGCCAAGAUCCUCUUCCUCGGCCUCGACAACGCCGGCAAGACCACGCUGCUCCACAUGCUCAAGGACGAGCGGUUGGUGCAGCACCAGCCGACGCAGCACCCGACGUCGGAGGAGCUCAGCAUCGGCAAGAUCAAGUUCAAGGCCUUCGACCUCGGCGGCCACCAGAUCGCGCGCCGCGUCUGGAAGGAUUACUACGCCAAGGUUGAUGCUGUAGUAUACCUGGUAGAUGCAUACGAUAAGGAGCGUUUUGCAGAAUCAAAAAAGGAGCUCGAUGCUCUUCUCUCUGACGAUUCCUUGGCCAAUGUUCCAUUUCUUAUCCUUGGCAACAAGAUUGAUAUCCCAUAUGCUGCCUCUGAAGAGGAGCUGCGGUAUCACCUAGGCCUUAGCAACUUCACAACUGGGAAGGGCAAGGUCAACCUAGUCGACUCCAAUGUCCGACCUCUUGAGGUGUUCAUGUGCAGUGUUGUCCGCAAGAUGGGCUACGGUGACGGCUUCAAGUGGGUCUCCCAGUACAUCAAGUAGGGCCCUUGUCUCGCAUGCGCUCAGCCCAGUGAUUUUUUUUGCCUUGUCAUUUGUUCUGGUUGGUUGUUCGUCAUGACAACAGUGAUCAUCACGACGGUAUCGAGGGUAUCAACAGAAAAACAGUGUUUAACAUUGGGGAACAUGUUGAAUCUUUAGCCUCAAACAAUUUGCUAUGUCAAACUCCUAAAAUUCUUUUGCUUUUCCAUAGGGUGUUUAUUAAGGACUUAAUGGAUAUGGAUUAAGAUUAUUGGUUUCUUAAAUUA